UCGGGAUCUGUUGAACACACAAGCAAGAAGGAUUCCCUGCCAGUAAGCAACAGAGUGGAGACACUUCUUUUUCUACACUCAGCUGGGUGUUUCAUGAAUUACUUUUUUUGAGAGGAGCAGGACUACAGAAAUGUAUUGAAGGCUCCUGAAGCUACAAGGAGAAGGCAAGAGAAAUGAAGAUCGUCAUGCCUAUUCAUGGACCCUAUACUGGAAUUUAAACUUGACUGACAUGUAAUAAGAGCGCAGACACUCAUUCACAUUGAAGAGAAAUUGCACAGCUUUUCUGCCACCAUGAGUCUGGGAAAACUGCCAGGAAUUAAGGGCCUUGUGUCCGGCUCUCAGGGGAAACGUCGUUUCAAAAGCGAGCUCUCCGUGGACAUGAUCAGCCCGCCGAUGGGUGACUUCCGACACACCAUGCACGUUGGCCGUGGCGGGGAAGUGUUUGGGGACACUUCCUUCCUAAGUAACUACGGGGGUACCAGGGAGCCAGGAAGUCCAGACUCAUCAAACAGCUCCAAGACAACAGGGUUCUUCACGCGCACCUUUCGGCACGUGCGGAAGACCUCUGUGCCGCGAAGGGGCUCGCGUGACUUGUCAUCCCCGCCGCCAGACAUCUCACCCAUCAUCAAGAACGCCAUCUCCCUGCCCCAGCUGAACAUGGACUCCCCUAAUGGGUGCCUAGAGAGGGGGCUGUUCCCCAGCUCUGUCAGCGCAACAGACGACUCGCUCUGCACAUAUGGUCUGCAGUCUGGUUUCGUCACUCUGCCCCGCCUCUCUCGUCUUGAUAGACAGUUUCAGGAUGGAGACAUCCGGAAGGGGUCACUACCAGACAGCAGUGGUAUCACACUGACGCGCUCUGACUCCCUCACCUCGUUCACUGUAGACCUCGGCCCCUCUCUCAUGACUGAGGUACUCAGCUUGAUUGACAACCCCAGCUGCCUUCACAUGUCCAAUCACAGCCAGGCAGCAGGUGAGAAAGAGGAAGGAGAGGAAGAGGAAGAAGAAGAUGACAACGGUUCUCUAACAGAGACGCCUGUGCAGAGCCCUGUGGUGACUUCACCCAGCUCUUCCAUGGGUAGCGGGUCAUGUAGCAGGAACAUGAACAACAGGGGCCGCUCAUGUAGCUCUGACAGGACAGAGCAGGAGGAGGAGAGGUCACUGAGUACACCUGAUGUAAGCAGUGGAUCUCCUCAGAGAGCUGAGCCUGUAAUGGAGGCAGAGAGGUUCCAGAGAGCAGCUGACGUUCUGUGUCGUCAUUACGGUGGAGGGUCCUUCACAAAGAGAACGAGGAGCGACAACACCACCACCUCCCCUGCUCUCUCCCACAGCUGCAAAACACCAUACGCCUUUUCUGAAGAGGAAGAAGAGAUCAAAGUGUAGAUGUUGAAACGCCAUCUGACAGAGGGCAGAAACUUCACUGAUCCAGUUAAACUAUAAAAACUUAGCACUGACCUGAGAUCUGGGCUGUUUCUGGUCAAAGAGGAUGAUCAUUGUGUGAUAUUUUGUUGUUCCGCUAUAAAAAAUCACAUGCACCUACACGACAGCUUCACUUCUUGUCAAGACAGAAAUAGUUGUGAUUUAAUUUAAUACAGAAAAGUGUAUCAAGUUUGUUCCACCUGCAUUAAUGAUACUCAUUACAGUUGACUGAAUCAGUUGGGAAACAGUGAAUUUCUAAUGGACUUUGAUUUUUCUAUUUUUCCACUCUAUAUAAUCACUCACCAUAUCACCACGAUGCUCAACAGCUAAAUGUAUUUUACAUCAUUACAGAUAUCAUGUCAAAAGUUUCAAGGUGAAACUGAAAUUUGAGCAUUACUGUUUUAUAACAAUUGUGAUAAACUUCUGUAUAUAGUAAACAAAUAAACAGUAAUCAGGAAUAAUGUGUUUUAAACUAAGACAGAUGUGCAAUUACAGCUGAUAGUCUGAAGUCUUCAUACACCUCCAGCAUGUUUAUAGGACUGUUUAUCAAGCUUUUAUUAGUGUUAGAUUUUUCUAAAAUAAUG